AUGGUCUACCGGCCCGCGUCGCUGAAGUUCACCAUUGAUAACAUCCUCAACAGGGACUUCGACGGAGUUCGCUGUAAACUGCGGCUGGACGCGGAGAGCCGCUGCUCGCCGUGUGGAGAGCGGACACGGCUGACUGCGCAGCCCGUCUCCGGACAAACAGCGUCCAGAGGAGCCGGAGCCGAAGCUGAAGCGGACUCUCUGAGCCUCGCUGUGGACGAAGAGGACGAGCCGAGGGAGAGCGACAAGUGUCCGAAAAGCGAGGACGACGACAGCCAUGAACUUCAUGUUAAAAGCAACAAGAAGAGCAGACCGCUCACCAAGAAGAAAACGCGCACUAUUUUCUCCAAGAGGCAGAUCUUCCAGUUGGAGUCCACCUUCGACAUCAAGCGCUACCUGAGCAGCGCGGAGCGGGCGUGUCUGGCCAGCUCCCUGCAGCUCACAGAGACGCAGGUGAAGAUCUGGUUUCAGAACCGCAGGAAUAAACUGAAACGGCAGCUCUCCACGGACUUCGAGGGCCCGUGCUCUGCUGAACAUCUCUCCGAGGUGGCGAAGGUGAUGCAGCUGCAGAGUCCGUACAAAGACAGUGUCGGGGGCUCCGUGCUGGGGGGAUGCUUGUUACCGAUGCCUGUCCCGGUCAUGUACCACGGAAGCACGACGCCUUACCUGUACUUUUCAAACGCCAGCAAGUAUUUCAGCGUUUUCGAUGGAGACGUGUGACUCUCUGCAGACUGUUCCGGGUCGGAGGACGAUUAUAAAAACAUUGGGGAUCACAGCUGUGGAAAGUAUGUAUCGCCUGAAACGACACCGUUUAGUCUGUGAUAGUCUGAGUCAUUUUUAUAAUGGCUGUUUCCUAUGCAAUAUGUACAUAAGGGAUACCCCUAAAAUACCCCGACGUUCUUUGUUUUUUUUCCUUUUUUCUUUUAUUUUUUAAGGCUCUUCCACGCA